AUGGAGUUAGUGUCUGGGGAAGCUUGGGAGGUAUUUGGCGAAAGGUUGAAGGUAAAGAUGGGAAUGGCAUGGUUGCAGCUGCAGAGAAUCAUCACCAAGGGAGGUUCUAAUUUGAUCUCAACACUCCCACACUCUACGCCGUAUUCUUCUUCUAGAUUCUUCUCCAAAUCAUCCCCCUACGUUGUGAAGGUUGGAAUACCAGAAUUUCUUAACGGAAUUGGGAAAGGGGUUGAGUCCCACGUUCCCAAGCUCGAAUCCGAAAUCGGUGAUUUCCAGAAGCUUCUAGUCACUCGCACCCUCAAGCUCAAGAAGCUCGGUAUACCUUGCAAGCAUAGGAAGUUAAUACUGAAAUACACACACAAGUACAGGCUGGGACUAUGGAGGCCACGUGUUGAGCCCAUCAAAGCCUGA